AUGUUGGCGAAAAGACCGGUGCUUGUUGCUGCAGACCUAGACCUCGUUAAACGUUCCAAUAAGUCGCUUGAACUUUUGUCCCCGAACUCGCGUCACCGGUCCGACCGUCCGAGCGGCAAAACUAGAGGCUCUAUGUGGCUGUGCAUCGCUGGUUCUGUUGCUCCAAUCUCUUCUCCAACAAGUGCGGUUGUUGAGUUGGAAUCUACUCUCUUCGGUGACUGCAUCACCUAA